AUGUGUAGAAGAUAUUUGUUUGAUAGAGAAAUUGUACAAUUGCUGAAAAAUAAACUUCCAUCCGAAUCUGAAGACGACUUGGAAUCUGGCGACUCGUCUCUAAACUUAGGAAAUCAAAUUAUUCAAGAAACGAUGAGCGUCAACCAAUUUGAACAAAUUUGACAGUUCAUAAACUUUAAUAAUAAUAAUAUGUUAACUAAAGGCCACGUGGGCCAUGAUAGAUUACAUAAAAUUAGGCACCUUUAGAAGAAGCUUUAUCUGUAGAUGAGCAAUUAUGCUCAACUAAAGCUCCUUAUUUUCUCAAGCAAUAUCUACAAAUGAAACUCCAUAAGUGGGAAUACAAAUUUUUUGUAUUAUGCGGUGUAUCUGGUUUUUCCUACAAUUUUGAAAUGUAUAGUGGCCAGGAAAACAAUGACGUUAAUAGCUAUUCAUGGGAACCAGAAUUUGGCGCUUCGGGAAAUGUAGUCGUUCGACUAUGUAGAACAAUUCCGAAAAAUAUGAAUUAUAAAGUUUAUUUCGAUAACCACUACACGUCUGUACCAUUGAUGGUGUAUAUGAAAAACCAUCAAAUAUGUUCUUUAGGAACGGUUCGCAGAAAUCGCCUGA